AGAAAUCGACAUUUGAUCGAGAGAACCCACCGAGUGAAUAUAAUUUUUGCAGCGCAAAAUGUCGAGUGAAAUUGUAAGUUUUUAUAAGGACAAAACAGUUUUCUUAACCGGAGGCACAGGAUUGCUGGGAAAAGUGAUCAUAGAAAAGUUGUUGCGGUCGACAGAUGUGAAACGCAUAUACAUGCUGGUGAGAGCCAAGCGAGGUGAGAAAGUGGAAGGACGCUUUGAGGCAUGGAAAAAAGACCAGGUCUUCGAAGUUCUGCUCAAGAACAAACCGCACGCCCUGGAGCAUGUGACUCCGAUUUCGGGGGACUGCUGCGCUCCGGAAAUGGCCCUCAGCCAGGCGGAUCGAAGCAUAUUGAUAGCGGAAGUGCAGGUGGUUAUCCAUGGAGCCGCUUCGGUUAGAUUCAUCGAGCCACUGCAGCAGGCGAUAAACAUCAAUACGCGGGCGGUGCGCCUCAUGGUUCAGUUGGCCAAGGAAAUGCGGCGCCUCGAGGCCUUUGUGCACAUCUCGACAGCAUUCUCCAACUGUGUGGCAUACAAAAUCGAAGAGCGUUUCUACCCGGAGCACCUCACCUGUCCCGUUGAUAAGGUCCUUGACUUAACAGAAUCCCUCAGUGGCGAGACGCUAGAGACGAUGGCACCGGCCCUACUCGGAAAAUACCCAAACACAUACACCUACACCAAGGCUCUGGGGGAACAGGUGAUCCAGGAGGAGGCCAAGGAUCUGCCGGUCGGCAUUUUCCGACCAGCCAUCAUUACCUCCACCUUCAAGGAGCCAGUGCGGGGCUGGAUCGAUGGGCUGCAAGGACUGAUUGCGCUAGUCUUUGGCUCUGCCUAUGGGAUCGUCCGCCUAGUACUGGUUAACCUUAAAGUUAAUGUCCCUGUGGUUCCUGCUGACUAUUGUGUCAACGUGGCCAUCGCCUCAGCAGCUCAGAUAGCCAAGAUCUACAGGGAGGACAAGAAGAGUGCAAUUCCUAUCUACGCCUAUUCGAGCUGCGAAUCGAAUUCAUUGACCUAUGGAGACCUAUCGGAACAAUGUUUUCAAAAGGGGAUGCUUAUGCCGAAUGAAAACAUGAUUUGGUACCCAUUUAACCAUAACACCGCUUGUCCCUAUGUUUAUGACAUCGGCACCUACUUCUAUCACUUUCUGCCCGGAUUCCUGAUAGACAUUGCCCUUCGACUGAAGGGCCAAAAGGCGGUGAUGGUGGAAAGAUAUCGCAAGAUCGAUGAAGGAAUGAAGAGCUUGUUUCCCUUUACUAGGAGGAACUUUGAAAUAAAAACAAAUCAUACCGACCAGCUGUGGCAGUCAAUGUCGCCGGAGGACAAGGAAACGUUCAAUUUUGAUAUGUCCUCUUUAAACUGGGAUGAGUAUUUCAUCAACGUCAUGUACGGAGUUCGGCUGUACUUGUUUAAGGAAUCCCCGACGGAAGAGUCCGUUGCCAAGGGCAAAAGGAAUAUAUAUAGGUUAUACGUAUUGGAUAGGGUUCUUAGAUUUGUUAUGAUUCUUGCAGCCAGCGCCUUUCUUUGGUUCUUGUAUAAUCUAGCACUUAAUUAGGUACUGGGCUGGAAUAAAAUUAAAUACGAAUAUGGUACAUGGCAAAAGUGAUUUUAGUUCCCAUCAUAAAAAUUAAGUUACUUCUUGAUAGAUCUCGAAAUUGUAAAUAUAUUUCGUGUAAAAUAAAAUAGAUGCUUAUGUAUCCAUAUCAACUUUG